CGUGUGAUCGCGCAUGCGCGCAAAAGAGAGUGUUCUGUCAUGGCGCUGAACACAAACUAUUGAUCAAAACUCUUCAGGAUCGCUACAGUGAAUAUCCGCUGGUGUGAUGUGCAUUAGAUUAGAGCAGUGAUGUCUGGAAAUAAAGCACUGGAGCUGCAGAUUCAGAUGCGACACAAUGCUGAAGAUCUGCAGAGCUUUAUGAGGGAUCUGGACAGCUGGGAGGACGAGAUCAAGCAGAAAGACCAGCAGCUUCGCUCUGAAAACACCGGCGAUACACAGAAAACACUCCCACCGGUGAGAAACAAAGACUAUAAAAAGACAAAGAAGAGGGCCAAGCGGCAAACAAACAGCCUGAAGGAGCAAAAAGAGACGCAGCGGAUAAAAUCCUACGACUAUCAGACCUGGGAUAAAUUUGAUGUGGAAAAGGCUCUGGAGUCCAUGGAUGCGGAGGAGAGCCCGGUUCAGUCUAAUGAAUCUGACUCUGAAGGUGUUCAUGUGGACCGAGAUCUGGCGCUCGCUGAGAAAGAGAAGGGGAAUCAGUUCUUCAAGGAUGGCCGGUUUGACAGCGCCGUCGAGUGUUACACCAGAGCGAUGGACGCGGAUCCGUAUAAUCCCGUUCCUCCCACAAACAGAGCCGCCUGCUUCUACAGACUCAAGAAGUUUGCUGUGGCCGAGUCUGACUGCAAUUUGGCCAUCGCUCUGGACAGUAAAUAUGUGAAGGCGUACAUCAGGAGAGCAGCAACGCGCACGGCUUUAGAGAAACACCGGGAAGCUCUCGAAGAUUAUGAAAUGGUUCUGAAACUGGAUCCUGGAAACUCAGAGGCUCAGACUGAAGUCCAGAAGCUGCAGCAGGAGCUGAACUCCAGCAAACAGACAGGAGUGACAGAAGACGAAAAAGAGACCGAAAGCAUCACGGAGCCGACGGCAGAACAACAGCAGCGUCUGCAGGAACAGCAGAGGAAACAGGAAGCUGUCAUGCACAAGGACAGAGGUAAUGCGUACUUUAAAGAGGGCCGGUACAAGGCAGCAGUGGAGAGCUACACUAGAGGAAUGGAGGCGGACGAGACGAAUGCACUACUGCCCGCUAACAGAGCCAUGGCCUUCCUCAAACUCAACAGGUUUGCGGAGGCGGAGCAGGACUGCAGUGCGGCUCUCGCUCUCGACCCCUCGUACACUAAAGCGUUCGCCAGACGAGCCACAGCCAGAGCCGCUCUGGGAAGCAGAGACGCCAGAGAUGAUUUCGAGCAGGUUCUGAAGCUCGAGCCGGGAAACAAACAAGCCCUAAGUGAGAUCGAGAAGCUCACAGCGGAGAUGCGCAGCAGUCUGGCUCCACAGGAGGACACACUGAGGAAGACCAUCCAGCCCAUCCACAAACCUGAGCACCUCAGAUCCACCAAACCUUUGAGGCGAAUGGAGAUUGAAGAGGUUGGAGGAGCGAUCGCUCAGACUCCGCUCACGUCUUCACCUCAUCAUAAGAUCCAGAAGAUGGAGGAGAAGCCAGACGCCUGCUGUCCUGCUGUGGCCAGGUCUGCUGAGGACGAGAUCAUUCCUCCUCCACCCUGCACUAGUUUCCAACUAGAGGCCGACCUGAGGAAGAUCAGCCAUAACCCACAGUCCACAUACAGUUAUCUGAAGCAAAUCAGUCCAGACUCCUAUCCAAAGAUCCUCCAGAACUCUCUGGAGUCUGACGUGCUCAACCGCAUCCUGCAGACCUUCCACAGCUGCCACACACGACCUGAGGAAGCGUCUCUUCUACUGGACAUCCUGAGGAACCUGGCGAGCGUGAGGAGAUUCGACAUGGCCGUCAUGUUCAUGUCGAACGCGGAGAAGAAAAUGGUGCAGGAGCUGUUUGAACGGAUUCACGAUGCCGGUCUGACAGACUCCACAGUUCGAGACUUACAGAAGAAAUACGGCCUCUGACCUGCACUCGUUUACCCAUCAGUAUAACAGGACUAAAAGCUCCAUCUCGAACUGUGAAUGAACAAAAACACCAGUGGAUGCGCUGUGCCUUCUGACACGUCUGUUUGACUUCUGUGUGUGUUUGCCAAAUGUUAUUGUGAGUCCAUCUCAAAUGUGCGUCGCUUCAGUUCACUGUUGGUCAUGUGGCUGUUUAUCUCUUGUCUAAUUGGACGUUCAUCACCCGAAUCUGCUUGUAUUAAAGUCAACAUGAAAACA